CCACAGGCAAUGAAGAAAUGUUGCGUAUUGUUCAGAAGAGCACCUUAGCCUCAGUGGUCUUCAUGCAUGCUCGCACAGUAUUGUCUCAUGCAGAAGAAGGUUAGACAAUGGGGUGCAUUGCAUAAUGAGUUCAACCUGGGGACCUGCUAUUUUAAUCGUCUUUUCUACAAGUUCCGAUGAAACAUCUCGCUCAGAUUUUUUUAAAACAUGUGAUGCUUUUGGUGUUAUUAUGACAAAUAACAGUUCACCUUAUUUUAAUGGGAUCAAUAUCGAUUUUGGACACACAAUUCUAAUCUGCAUCUAUGCUGUUACCAUGUUCUUCAUGAUUGUACUCGGAUGCCUUUGCCUAAACAAGUAUCGGUCAAUGAAGAAGACCAUACGGGAGCUGAGGCAAAGGAGGCCGGCUGUGAUCCCCCAGGUACCUUCCCAAGAUUCUCCAUCUCCUGAUGUCCUGAAAAUUCCUGAACUACCGGAUCGUACUAAAGAGGACCCUUUACAGAGACAACAAAGUAAAUUGAGCUGCAGAUUUCCCUGGAAGCCUCCACUACAGGUUCCUCGGUUCACAAAAGGAGACCUGAGCCUUAUUCAGCUCAUAAAGGCGGGUAGAGAAGGAGCCUUCUACAAAGCAAGGAUCAUAAGGGGGACAUGUAAUGGCCAUUCACUGGUCAUUUGUAAAAUUGGAAAAGAAGGUAUCACCUCAAAGCAGAUGGAAAAUGAGGUGUCUAUUAUGAGAAAGCUGGCGUAUCAUAAAAAUGUGAUGCAGUUGCUGGACUGGAAUACAGUGGAACAGCCGUAUAUGCUGCUCAUGGAGUUCAUAAGUUGCGGAACCCUCCGCAGUUUUGUUCAGAAACACAAAGAUGAACUGAUUGCUGACCCUGAACUGCAGAGCCAGUUCACCAUCGCGUCCUACCACAUCGCCCUGGCCAUGGAGCACUUACACUCCAAAAUGGUGGUGCACAGCAACCUUGCUUUAAGGAACAUUCUGGUGAGCCAAUUCCCAUGGGAGGUGAAGGUAGCAGAGUUCGGCCUGGCCAGAGACUUGACCCGUAUGAGGAGCAGACACAGCAGCAGAAAAAAACAAUACAAGGAGCGUGUGCCGCUGCGCUGGUAUCCUCCAGAAUAUUUCAGGAACAACUACUACAGCUUUAAGGGAGAUGUCUGGGCAUUUGGCAUUUUGCUGUGGGAAAUGCAGACAUUCGGCACCUUGCCGUAUCCAGAUCUGAACACAUCUGAGCAAGUGGUGUAUAGUAUCUGUGCUGGUUAUAGGAACACUGUACCAGAUACCUGCCGUCCAGAAAUAGAAAAUGUCAUGCAAGACUGCUGGUUGGAUCCCUACACAUCUAGACCUGCAUUUACACACAUUGUCAAGAUCCUGGAGAGUAUCGUGGAGCGUGAUGGGGAUUAUGUGGACGUUGACAACCAAAGGAUCAUGAAUGCAAGAGAAAAGUGAAUUAAAAAAUAUAUAUAACUUCUAACUUUUUAAUUCUAUGAGAAUUUUGUAGCAGUUAUUUCAUCAUUGUUCUCGUGUAACUCCUAAUUGUGUGCAGGCAUACUUUUUGGAAAAUGUUUUUAAGGAUUUAUAUUCUAUACAUGCUGCAUUUGUAAAGCAGGAAGACAUAACGCAACUCUAAAGAACAAAUUAUAGUAUUCUUGACAUGUGUUCAAUGACAAUUUUCCAAACAAACAAUCUAAAAAAAGUGAGUGUUAGAUGUGAUAAACAUGCUAUUAUUUAAAUAAUAAUAAUUGACCAAUAAAAUUGUUUUAUAUCAGUUUUCGUAAUUGUAAUAAAAACAAAAAUUAAUUUGCA